AGGCCUCACUGAUGGUCGCUCUGUCUGCCCGCAGAUCAUGAGUGUUUUGCUGUUCAUCGAGCACUCCGUGGAGGUGGCCCAUGGCAAGGCCUCCUGCAAGGUCUGGCAGAAUGGCUACCUCAGGCUCGCCAACCUGAUCUCCAGCUUCCUGCUCAUCACCAUGCUCUUUGUCAUCAGCUUGAGUCUGCUGAUCGGAGUGGUCAAGAACCGGGAGAAGUACCUGCUGCCCUUCCUGUCCCUGCAAAUCAUGGACUUCCUCCUCUGCUUGCUCACUCUGCUGGGCUCCUACAUCGAGCUGCCCUCCUACCUCAAGUUUGCCUCCCGGAGCAGCAGGGUUGGCGCCCCCAAGGUCCCCCUGAUGACCCUGCAGUUGCUGGAUUUCUGCCUGAGCGUCCUGACACUCUGCAGCUCCUACAUGGAAGUACCCACCUAUCUCAACUUCAAGGCCAUGAACCACAUGAACUAUCUCCCCAGCCAGGAGGGUAUGGCUCACAGCCAUUUCAUCAAGAUGAUGAUCAUUUUCUCCAUCGCCUUCAUCACUGUCCUCAUCCUGAAGGUGAGAGGCCCCGCCCCCCAGCUCUGGGAAGCCCUCUGUGCUCUUGGCUCCUUACUCCAGCCCUCCCACACCAGCUCCUUGGACCCCACUUAGGAUCCCCGGGGACAU